AUGUCUGAAGUUCUCCCCGAUCAUAAAACUAUUACCAUCAUAUACCAUUUCUCCGAUUCCCAAACCAUUAAACAUCAGAUAAAAUUCCAUGAAUCGUCCACCUUCGAUGUCAUUCGGAAAACGAUUGCGGCAUCCUUUAACCUAACAGAUUUUGUCUUGUAUGAAAAUGAGGUGAUAAUUCCACACACUUAUGACGCAUUAUUCCAUGGUAAAACUUAUGAGAUAAGGUGUCCAGGUCAUGAAUCUAGGGGCCAAGAAGGUGACUAUUCCAACUUGAAAGCAA